AUGAGCCCCCCCGCAGGAAAGUCCAAAGAGUCGGCUACGGCGCGCCUGCUCGGCUCGGGUACCUCUGGUAUCGCCGAGCUGCUCGUGUUCCACCCCGUGGACACGGUGGCGAAGCGCCUGAUGAGCAACAAGAACAGGUCGCUCUCGAUGUCGGCUGUCGUGUUCAAGGACAAGGCGAGCGCCUCGGUGGGCACGCGCUUCCUGAGCCUCUUCCCGGGCCUGGGCUAUGCGGCAGGAUACAAGGUGCUGCAGCGUGUGUACAAGUUCGGUGGCCAGCCCUACUUCAACGACUACCUCACGACCCACCACAAGAAGCAGUUUGAGAGCAUCUUUGGCGAGCGUCUCGGCAAGAGCAUCAUGAGCGCCACUGCCGGCUCGCUCACGGGUAUCGGUGAGAUUGUCCUGUUGCCGCUCGACGUGCUCAAGAUCAAGCGCCAGACGAACCCCGAGUCGUUCCGCUCGCGCGGCUUCCUCCGCAUCCUCGCCGACGAGAACGUGAACCUGUACCGCGGCUGGGGCUGGACCGCCGCGCGCAACGCGCCGGGCUCCUUUGCGCUGUUCGGUGGUAGCGCAUUCACCAAGGAGUACAUCUUUGGCCUGAAGAACUACUCGGACGCUACCUGGGGGCAAAACUUUGUCGCGUCGAUCGGCGGCAGUGUCGCUUCGAUCACCGUCGCGGCGCCCCUCGACGUCGUCAAGACCCGCAUCCAAAACGCCAACUUCGAAUCCAAGGUCGGCGGCGUUACGAUCAUCAAGGAAAUGAUCAAGAACGAGGGCGUGAGCGCCUUCUUCAAGGGCCUCACGCCCAAGGUGCUCGUCGUGGGGCCGAAGCUCGUCUUCUCCUUCACCCUCGCACAGUCGCUCAUUCCGUGGUUCGGCAAGUUUGUCUAG